AUGAAAACAUUAUCAAAAAACAACUAUUAUUUUAUAUCAGUAGUCUCCAAGAGAACUGGUGAUGUUUUCCAGCAGUUUAUCGAUCAAAAUAAACGUAAAACUAAAUAUGAAAUUAAAUAUUGUCAAAAAAGACAAUGUACAGCAAUAGCACUGCAGUGUAAAAAGAAUAAAACAUUUUUUGUCCUCAUCAACAUUCCCGAACCAAUAUUAAAACAAAAAGAAAAUGAACUAAAAAGAGAAUCAAACACAAAAGCCAAAAAAAAAUCAAUUUGA